AUGUUGGUCUUUCGUCCUCAGGAGGGACUUCCUCGUCAGAUGCUAUUUGAGACGCUUGAUCCUAUAGAAGCAUUUGGUGAAGUGCAAGGGAAGAGUGACCGGCCACAAUCCAAAACACCCACACGCGACCGUACUGAGGCUUUCGGGGCCAAUACAAUCAGUGUGCACUCCACUUUGAUCGAUUUGAAUGAUCUGCGGCUUAUAUGGACUCGAAUCGCGUUGGAUAAUCGACCUAUUUCCCAAAUGCUGACCACAAUGACACGUCGUGAACUGUUCGUGUUCCGUCAGGUUCCUCAGGACGUGAUACGCGCCACUCCUUUGAUGCUUCUAGGACCGCUACCUGGAACCUUUCUGCUGUUCCCACUUUUUUUUGCCUACCCCCGGUUUUUUCUUACUCGACAAUUUUGGACUGGCGAGCAACGUGCUCAGUUUGAUCAAAGUAGAUUGGAUCAGCGUAUGACCGCCCUACCGGAUCUGAUCCUGGAUGACCUCCAGCGUCGUGUUACGGCGUUGCGUGCUCAUCGCGACACGUCAGCCGUGUUGCUGCAACAUCUGGAUUUGCUUGAUGAGAUUCAUGAGAAGGUAAAUCGUAUUUGUAUAGUGUAA